ACUCUUUCAACUUAAUAAAUAAAUCUUUAAAAAAUACAAAUAUUGAGGCAGUCCUGGUUUAGGCUAGAUUUUGACAUCACUGCUCCAGUGAAUCCUGGGACUCUUUCUACUCAACUAUCAUCUUAUUAGGAAUCUAGAAGUCAAAAACGCUGCCAUAUUUGUCACCAAGAAAUGAUCUGAGGAAGAUUAAUUUUUCCCAGAGGUGAAGAAUGUGGGAGAGAGCAAUUACAGAUGUCUUCAGUGUUAGUCUCCCAGGGAUAAUGAAUUGGCAGGGUAGAGACUCCUGUUUGUGUUGUCCCUGUCCUUAGGAGCCAAAAUGAUCAGAGAAUGAACACAUCACUGAUCAAUUAUUCUAAUCAGCUUCAGAGGGGAUACAGCCUCCAGGACACAACUUGGAACUCACUAAUUUAUAGUCAUCAAGGUCCCACACUCGAGACACUCACAUCAUCUCUAGAAGAAGUGAUCCAGGCCCUGUACCACAUGCCUGGCUCUAUCUCACACUCUGCUGGGGGCCAGACCUUCUGUUUUUAUCGUCCACCCUCUACAAGAGAAAGAGAUUCUAGACAUUUGAUUCGGUGGGUUCAUGCUGCUGAGCCUGCAUAGCCUGGUAAGUGUUGAGGAAACUAGGGGAGGGGAAAGGGCAUUGCCUAUUGUUAAGUAUAAGGUAGGGUAAACUCUGUAAUGUUCAUGGAGAAAGACUUGCUGAAUGUAAUUUCUGGGAAGGAAGAAUGAUUAGACUACUCAGUGAUAGCGGCCACUGUGUAGUGAGUUUUCACUUUGGUUGUGUUUUGUUUGUGGGCAUGGUUGAGAAGAUGAUGAGAGGUGCUAGUCUUUGUUGGCCAUUUCACUGCCCUGGACCACAUGGUCUACUGUUGUGAUUUCCAGUCCAAUUUGCACAGAUGGAUGCCCCAAGGUCCUGAUAGAACUGUAGAUUUUUAACAGCAAAGUCCUGGACCCUUCUAGAUCUAUUCUCUUAUUACCUGACCCGAGAACUCCAAAUCCUCCAUUCUCCACCACCCCCAGACCAAGCCUUCUGAAUUCUGUGACCCACACUUGCUUAGGAACAUUUCCUGCUUUCCAGAAAGACCUGUCCUUGUCCUUCUCUCUUAACCCUUAUCCAGGGCUCUUAUUAGAUUCCUUCAAGAAAGCAGAGGCUGGAUUCCCUAGCACCUUGGACUGUGGUACAGAAAUCCUUGGUUGGGCUGUGAGAGGAAAAGGGAAGGACACAGGCAAGCCCAAUGCCAUGUUCCCUCUUGACAUCCCCUGCUUUAAUUCUUGGGGAUGGCAGGGGUGCACUGGAACCCACCAUAUCCCUUUCCCGUGAUUUCCCUUGAUUUCCUUGUGCACCUCUCUUGAUGCUUGUCUUUCUUAGGCAACAUAAUUCUUCAGUGGGUCCCUUCAAUUCAAAUGAUGUGAAGACUCCCCAUAUGUUAUGUCUGCCCCAAACUCAUCUUUCCCUCCAGGUACCAGCAAUAAUUGUAAUUCAUAUCACAUUAGUCCUUUGAUUGUAUUCAUUCAUUCAUUCUCUCUCCAGCCCUCCCUGUAUUUUAUUCCCUUCACAGCCCCAUUCUCUGUGCAAUUUCCCUUUCCAGGUUCUGAGAUGUCAUCUGUGCCCAUCUCUCCAACAUCAUUCUUGAUCGUUCUCAUCUACCACUUUCUACUUAAGAGCAAAGUGCGCCAGCACCGCAGCUCACUAGGCUAAUGCUCCGCCUUGCAGCGCCGGCACACCGGGUUCUAGUCCCGGUCGGGGCGCCAGAUUCUGUCCCGGUUGCCCUUCUUCCAGGCCAGCUCUCUGCUGUGGCCAGGGAGUGCAGUGGAGGAUGGCCCAAGUCCUUGGGCCCUGCACCCCAUGGGAGACCAGGAUAAGUACCUGGCUCCUGUCAUCGGAUCAGCGCGGUGCGCCGGCUGCAGCAUGCUGCCCGCAGCGGCCAUUGGAGGGUGAACCAAUGGCAAAGGAAGACUUUUCUCUCUGUCUCUCUCUCUCACUGUCCACUCUGCCUGUCAAAAAAAAAAAAAAAAAAGAGCAAAGUGCCUGAACACUUUGCUUCUUGCUUCUUGCAUUCAGACAUCUCUCAUCCCUCUUCUCAAUUUAGAGCUCCUCUCUGUAUUCCACACAGUAAUCCACCUUACCACUUAAUUCUCUGUGUUACAAUUACUGUUUUCUGCAACUAUCUCUGCACCUUGGAGGCUGGACCAUGAAUACAAAGGCCACACUCUUAAUCUUCAUAUCACAACAGCUUACACAAAGCCUGGCCCAGACUCCUUUCUUGCAGAAUGGUUUCCAGGACUUGUUCAGUGACUGACAAGCUGCCUCAUUCAUUCUUUUUCUUAAAGAUUUAUUUAUUUAUUUGAACAUCAGAGUUACACAGAGAAAGGAGAGGCAGAGAGAGAGCAAGCGAGCGAGCUCCAGGAGCCAGGAGCUUCCUCGGGUCUCCCAUGUGAAUGCAAGGGUCCAAGAACUUGGGUCAUCUUCUACUAUCAUAGGCCGAAGCAGAGAGCUGGAUGGGAAGCGGAGCAGCUGGUAUUCAAACCGGUACCCAUAUGGGAUGCCGGCGCUUCAGGCCAGGGUAUUAACACACUGCGCCACAGCGCUAGCCCUCAUUUAUUCUUUGGUUAUUCCUAACAUAGUUUAGCACAACUGCCCUCUGACUCUAGGCAGUAAAAGUAGAAUAGGGCAUACUCAUUUGAUGCAUGGACAAAGGGACUAGGAUGAAUGUGACUAUCCUCUGAGCUUCUGAUGUCUAACCCUUGGUCCAAAGGUAGGCAGAAAGUUUCUAAUACAUGGGCAGUUUAAGAUAUUCCUAACCAUCAUGUCAUGACUCAUUUGAAUCAUCAUUUGGCUGGUGCUAUUUUUAAAUAUAUACCAAGAUUCAUUGAUUUGAAAGGCAGAGUGUCAGAGGGAGAGGGGCAUGUGCAUGUGCACACACACACACAAACACACAUGAGAGAGAGAGAGAGAGAGAGAGAGAGAGAAAGAGAGAGAAAGAGAGAGAUCUUCCAUCCAUUAGUUCACUUCCCAAAUGGCUGCAAUAGUCAAGGCUGGGCCACACCAAAGCUGGGAGCCAGGAAUUCCAUAGGGGUCUUCCAUGUGGGUGGCAGAGCUUUCCCAGGUGUAUUAGCCGGGAGCUGAAUUGGAAGCAGGGCAGCCAGAAUGGAUGAUGGCAAUGCAAGUGUUGUGCUACAAUGCUGCACUCCACAAUUAUGUUUUCCACUGUACAUUUUUCAUUGUCUUAACUUUUUAAUGUAGACUAAAAGAAUAAGAUUUGAUUAUCCCAGAAAUAGAACCUUUCUCUGGCCAAAUAAUUACUUUCAUGAAAAUAGUUCUAAAACCUGAAUGUUCACAUGGACCAUAUGAUAAAACUUCAUAACUUCAUGGAAAAUGGAAAUAAGGGACAAAUUUAUUUUUGUGAGGAUCUACAAGUGCUUAAGGAAAUAGAAUAAAUAAGAGAGGGCUCACUGACUCUUAGAAAUCUCACAUGCAAUUUCUGUCAUCUGUAAGCCAGCCACCUUGUUAGUAAUUUUUCCCGACAGCAUCCUGAACAGAAUCAGAAAGACAGUGCCAGAAAGACAUCUCAAGAUUUUAGCAGAGAGUAAUACAUCUUGAUGUUCACUUUAGAAAGAUGUGUUAUCAGGCUGGACACUUGGAAGGAAGUCCCUGCAAUAGACCUAGCAGGGAAUGGAAUUGUUUUAUUUUGCAAUGCUGUUGAUGAUAUGAACAUGCAGAGUACAUUCCAGGGAACACCAGAAUCCUGGCCAUGGCCCAUCUGUUCAAUAAAAUAAGUAAGGCAGGUGGGCAUUUGAUGCAGUGGUUAGUUAAGAUGUUUUUUUGGGGGAUGCCUGCAUCCUACAUCACAGAGCCUGGGCUGAGUUCUGGCUCUGCUCCUAAUGCUAGCUUCCUGCUAAUAUGCACACCUCUCUCCUCCCUCCUCCCCUUUCUUCCUUCCUUUACCUUGGAAAGUAAGUCAUCAUCCUACUUAUCCUGCAAUAUUUUAUCUAGAUAUUGUCCCUGCUCUCACAUUUUCUUACUACCCAGAUGUGGUUUUCUGGUUUCAGAUGUGCCCCAGACAAGCAAGAUGGCCAAUACCUUUCCUUUAGAUCACUGGGCUUCUUAUGUGUUAGUGAAGAUGUGGGCUAUUUUAUCCCUAAGAUCUAAAAUUGCUUUUUGUUGUCCUUGACUCUAAGUCAGAUAUAAAGGGAAUAGGUGAGGGUCCAGUGCUGUUGCAUAGUGACUAAAGCCACCACCUGUAGUGCCAGAUUGCAUAUGGGCACUGGUUCGAGUCCUGACUGCUCCACUUCUCAUCUAGCUCUCUGAUAUGGCCUGGGAAAGCAGUGGAAGGUAGCCCAAGUGCUUGAGCCCCUGCAUCCAUGUGGGAGACCUGGAAGAAGCUCCUGUCUCCUCGCUUCGGAUCUGCACAGCUCCAGCAGCUGUGGCCAUCUAGGGAGUGGACCAGUGGAUGGAAGACCUCUCUCUUGCCUCUGCCUCUUUGUAACUCUGCCUUUCAAAUAAAACAACACACACACAAAACCAAAGGGAAUAGAUUUGUCUCCCAGAGGCUAAUGGACAGAGAUUGGUCAGCAUUACAAAAUGUUGCCUAUAACAAGAGACAGACUAAAAUUCCUAAGUUUUGUAACAGUAAGAUUGUUUUCCUCAAUACUUCACCUCAAGAAUUGAAAAUUCAGAGAGAAUUGAAAGGCUGCUCAUUGUCUAUUUCACAUGCCUUCUUUUCCUGAAUUGUUUAGCUGAUGUGUCAACAACAUGGAACCAGGAAAUCGAACAAGUAUUUUAGGAUUUUUACUCCUGGGCUUUUCUCAAGACUCAAAGCACCAGCCUCUGCUAUUUGGUUUGUUCCUGCUCAUGCUUGUGGUCACGGUGCUUGGAAACCUGCUCAUCAUCCUGGCCAUCGGCUCCCAUGCCCGCCUCCACACGCCCAUGUACUUCUUCCUCUCCAACCUGUCCUUGGCUGACAUCUGUUUCAUCUCUACAACCAUCCCAAAGAUGCUGCAGGACAUCAAGACUCAGAACUAUUCCAUCACCUUCGCAGGCUGCAUCACUCAAAUGUACUUCUUCAUGGUUUUUGGGGGCAUGGACACACUUCUCCUCACCUGGAUGGCCUAUGAUCGCUUUGUGGCCCUCUGCCACCCCUUGCACUACCCAGUCAUCAUGAAUCCCCGUCUCUGUGGCCUGCUGGUUCUUGUGUCCUGGUGCAUCAGUCUGUCGUGUGCCCUGAUCCAGACCCUGUUGAUGCUGAGGCUGUCCUUCUGCACCAGGUGGGUAGUUGCACACUUUUACUGUGAACUUGCUCAGGUCCUGGUACUUGCCUGCUCUGACACAUUCAUCAAUUACACCCUGCUCUACGUGGUGACUGCUCUUCUUGGCUUUGUUCCCCUCUCAGGGAUCCUUUUCUCCUAUAUGCGAAUUGUCUCCUCCAUUCUGAAAAUUCCAUCGACUGGUGGAAGAUACAAAGCAUUCUCCACCUGUGGGUCUCAUCUAACUGUGGUUUCUCUGUUCUAUGGGACAGGCCUUGGGGUGUAUCUCAGUUCUGAUGCCUCAUCCUCUUCCUGGAAGGGCAUGGUGGCCUCGGUGAUGUACACUGUGGUCACUCCCAUGUUGAACCCCUUCAUCUACAGCCUGAGGAACACGGACAUUAAGAGAGCUUUACAAAGUCUUCUCGGGUUCACACUCCAUGUUCAGUGAUGGGAACAUCGUUCCUGGAUUUGGGAGCUGCCGGAAGUCACAGCAGUGGGACAAAUAUAUGCCGCCUCUGAACUGUACAGA